AUGGCCGAUACGGAGAUACCCAAUCUGGCAGAGCUGGAAAAAGAAUACCAGCGUCUUAAAGACUUGAGGUCCGGGGGUCGGUACGUACCGCCAGCAAAAUUACGCGCGCUGGAGGAACGGCUCAAGCUUAAAGAGGGACCUGAGGAUCAGCAACGACGUGACUGGGAAAACCUGAAAAAGUCACUCAAUAGUUUGAUCAAUAAGGUGAACCACGGUAACAUCAAGACAAUUGUACAGGAAAUUUUUAAGCACAAUUUGAUUCGCGGACGCGGAUUGUAUUGUCGCAGUAUCAUGAAGGCACAAGCUCUUGCAUUACCAUUCACUCCAGUGUAUGCGGCACUAACAGCCAUCAUCAAUUCCAAACUUCCCAUUGUUGGAGAGCUACUAGUUACACGAUUAAUUCUUCAGUUCAGAAAGGCUUUUCGACGAAAUAACAAAGCUCUGUGUUUAUCCAGCGUCAUAUUUAUAGCACAUUUGUGCAACUACCAGGUGGCGCACGAGAUUGUGGCGUUACAGAUUUUACACCUUUUGUUGGAGAAGCCAACAGAUGAUUCAGUAGAAUUGGCUGUAGCAUUUGUCAAGGAGGCUGGUGCUUAUUUGAUUGAGACCAGCAAAACAGCAAUGGCUGGUGUGUUUGAUCGCUUCCGAGAAGUGUUGCAUGAAGGCCAGAUUGAAAAGCGGACUCAAUAUAUGGUGGAGGUUCUUUUCCAGAUCCGUAAAGACGAAUUUAAGGAUAACCCUGCAGUGCCACCAGAGCUGGAUUUGGUGGAAGAGGAUGAUCAAAUUACGCACAUGAUUGGAUUAGACGACAACGAGCUCAAGGCUCAAGAUACAUUAAAUGUGUUUAAGUUGGACCAAAAUUACGAGGCUAAUGAGGCGAAAUAUGAGAAUAUAAAACGAGAGAUUUUGGGAGAUGAAGAGGACGAUGAGGAUGAGGAUGAGGAUGACCAACAAGAAGAAAGUGAAUCUGAAGAGGAAGAAGAAGAAGAAGAAAAGUCAUCUGGAAAGCCUGGUAUUAAGGAUAUGACCAAUGCUGAACUUUUGACUCUACGCAAAACAAUUUAUCUCACAAUCAUGUCGUCUAUGUCAGUUGACGAAGCAACACAUAAACUUUUAAAUGUCAAGAUUCCAGAAGGCCAAGAGAUUGAGCUUGUGAAUAUGAUUGUGGAGGCUUGUUCUCAAGAAAAGAUUUACAAUAAGACAUAUGGUUCAGUUGCAGCACGGUUAUGCUACAGUAGCCGGAUAUGGCGGGAUUUGUUUGGAGAGAGUUUUGCACAUUAUUAUGAGAUUAUUCACCGUUAUGACACAAACCAGAUUCGCAACAUUGCGACGCUUUUCGGAUACAUUUUAGCUGCUGAUGCUCUUGGAUGGGAAGUUUUUGAGGUUGUGCAUAUGAAUGAGGCUGAAUCGACAUCAUCGUCUCGUAUUUUUAUCAAAAUUUUGUUUGAAGAGAUGAAAAUGGAGCUUGGAAGUAAAAAAUUGGCAGAGAGGUUUAAGGAGGAAUAUAUGCAGCCGUUUUUGGUCAACAUGUUUCCAAUGGGUAAGAAUGCAGAGGAUGUGCGGUUUUCAAUUAAUUACUUUACGGCUAUUGGAUUGGGUGUGUUGACUGAGGAUAUGCGAGAGUAUUUGAAGAAUAUGCCACCGCCAGAGGAUGAAGAUGAGGAAGAAGAAGAAGAAGAAGAAGAAGAAGAAGAAGAAGAGGAAGAGGGUCGGGGAAGAAGGUCAUUAGAUUCUAGUGACGAUGAAGAGGAUAGAGAUCGUGGUCGAAGAGAUUCUUUAAGUCCUAGUCCUAGCCCAAGAAGAAGAAGAAGAAGCAAAGGUCGUCGGAAUUCAUUGAGCCCUAGCCCUAGUCCUAGUCCAAGUCCUAGUCCUAGUCCAAGUCCUAGUCCAAGUCCAAGCCCAAGCCCAAGUCCAAGACGAAGUCGUCAAGAUUCCAUUAGUCCUAGUCCAAGUCCCCGAAGAAGUAGAAGAGAUUCUGUGAGUCGCAGUCCACGACGCAGUCCCAGAAAAGAUUCAGUUACACCAAGAAGAAAUCGACGUGAUUCUUUUGACAGUCUUUCAGAGGAAGAUCAGUAUGGACGGGAUCGCAGUUAUAGUCGUCGCAAUAGUGACAAAAAAGGAGGCAAUCGUCACAGGGGUGAUGAUAAUGAAGAUGAUGAUUAUUCUAGAAGCCCAAGUCCACGAAGGUCAUUAUCAGUUGACAGUCGGCGGUCGUCAUAUUCACAAAGUGUGACACCACCAAGGAGAUCUUCUAAGAGCAUGACAACAAAAUCAGCAUCUGUUAAGUCACGCAAAAGAUCCUUAUCACCUGAUGAAGGCUAUUACCGCCGUGAGAGUCGUCGAGAGCCUAAAGGUAGUAGCAGCAGCAGCAACAACAACAGGAGAAGUAGGAGAAGACGAGAUGAGAGUGAAGAAGAUAAAGAAGAUUCAGAUGAUGGUCAUGAUCGUGGUCGUGGUCGUGGUCGUGGUCGUGAUCAUGAUCGUGGUCGCAGAUACUCUCGCCGUAAUGACAAAAGAGAUGAUGAUGAUGAUGAUGAUAAUAAUAAUGAUGACUCUGACUAUGAUUCUGAUAAUAGGUACCGCCGGAACGAUACCAAUAAAAGCAGCACCCGUGGAUAUCCGUCUGGUCGGGGCUUGAGUUCUGAACGGCCGAGUCGUGAAGAACACCACCCCGCACGUGGAGUAGAAGCAAGAGGAAGAGGAGGCAAUGGGCGGUUACCGGCGGAGAGUUUUGAGAGGCAUCCGAAGAGUAAUAAAGACAAUGGUGGAGAAGGGAAAGAAGGGAAAGAAGGAAAGAGAAAUGGAGAAUACUCGCCACCACCUAAAAGACCUAGAACUUGGGCAGAUGUUGAGCAUUGGACGUCAGAAAGAUCCGUUGGUGGUGAUGUUGGUGGUGAUGGUAAUAGUCAUGGGGUAGAUAAGCCACGGGUCCAACAGCAGCAGACCCGGGCAGGACGUAAACGGGCUUCAGCAGCGGAUUAUUUGUAA